CCUCCUGUCUCAUAGGCCUCAUCCACCGUGAGGCUGGGCUGCUUCCUGACCUCAGGGUACAGCCUUCCUUUACUCACUAGAGCUACCCCUCCCAGAACAGAAGCCAGGGUCUGGAAGUGGGCAAAGGGCACAGUCCUCUGCAAGAGGCCUGGUAAGUGGUCAUGUCCUCACCACAUCUAAGUCAGGAUACAUGGAAAAUAUCAACCUCAGUGGCAAAAGCCUGCUUUCCUUCUAUUGGGAGCCUAGCCCCACCUAGGACAGGACAGACACCAAAAACGGAAGUUAUCCUACUUGUAGGACUGGGAAUCAGGAGACUCAAAUGUUAGCCCCAGCUCUGCCACCGACUUGCUUCAUGGCUUUACAUGUCUGAACCUCUCCAGGCCUCAGUUUCUCCACCUGCAGCUUGACUAGCGAUUGGCCUGGAUCAGUGGUUUUCAGACAAGGCUCUACACAGCCUUGGGGGUUCAUCAAGAUGUUUCGGGGGCUUUGGGGAGACCCAGGAAGCAGUCUGUGGCCUCCUGUGGCAGCUCUGCCUUUGUCUGUUUUACAUGAUGGGGUUCUAGGCAGUGGGCAUGUUCCUUGGAGAGUUCUCCUGCCUGGCUGCCUUCUACCUCCUCCGGUGCAGAGCUGCAGGGCAAUCAGACUCCAGCGUGGACCCCCAACAGCCCUUCAACCCCCUUCUUUUCCUACCCCCAGCCCUCUGUGACAUGACAGGGACCAGCCUCAUGUAUGUGGCUCUGAACAUGACCAGUGCCUCCAGUUUCCAGAUGCUGCGGGGCGCAGUGAUCAUAUUCACAGGCCUGUUCUCUGUGGCCUUCCUGGGCCGGAGGCUGGUGCUGAGCCAGUGGCUGGGCAUCUUAGCCACCAUCGCGGGGCUGGUGGUUGUGGGCCUGGCCGACCUCCUGAGCAAGCAUGACGAUCAGCACAAGCUCAGUGAAGUGAUCACAGGGGACCUACUGAUCAUCAUGGCCCAGAUCAUCGUCUCCGUCCAGAUGGUGCUAGAGGAGAAAUUCGUCUACAAACACAAUGUCCACCCGCUACGGGCAGUCGGCACUGAGGGCCUCUUUGGCUUCGUGAUCCUCUCCCUGCUGCUGGUGCCCAUGUACUUCAUUCCUGCCGGCUCCUUCAGUGGAAACCCUCGGGGGACGCUGGAGGACGCCCUGGACGCCUUCUGCCAGGUGGGCCGGCAACCGCUUAUCAUCCUGGCGCUGCUGGGCAACAUCACCAGCAUCUCCUUCUUCAACUUUGCCGGCAUCAGUGUCACCAAGGAGCUGAGCGCCACCACACGCAUGGUGCUGGACAGCUUGCGUACCGUCGUCAUCUGGGCGCUGAGCCUAGCACUGGGCUGGGAGGCCUUCCACGCGCUGCAGAUCCUUGGCUUCCUCAUCCUCCUGAUGGGCACCGCCCUCUACAAUGGGCUGCACCGCCCACUGCUGGCCCGCCUGUCCCGGGGCCGGCCCCUGGCAGAGGAGGGUGAGCAGGAGGGUCUACUGGGUGGCAACCGGACCUCCAUCAACGAUGCCAGCUGAACCUCCCUUGAGGCUCCUGCUGCCUCCUGGGUACUCCUUCACCCUGAGACUGAGACCACACAGGCUGUGGGCCUCCAGCACCCUGUCCCUACAGACCCCCAGAGUAGCUCCUGCCACAGAAGAGGACAUGACACCCAAGUCCUCUUUUCUGGAAACUCUAUGCAGAGUGGAGUUACCCAGCCCCCACAGGCCUCUGAGCCCCUCCUUCAGCAUUAACACUAAAUCAUGAAGUUGAAUUUCAGGAAUUAACAACUCUAGUAUUUCUGGAUCAUAAACUAGGUUAUUAUAAUAGAUUACCUAGUUUUUGAGGCAUAAGCUAGAUUUGGUUCUCUGAAGAAGUCAGUGAACAAGUUUAAAUGGGAACUAAAUACUGUAUUUUCUAAAACUUGUAAGAUAUUCCCUAACCCUGUCUGGAAUCGUGAGUUUCAGCCCAGACUCUCACACAAAUUCAAGAGUCUGCCCCCUAGCAUGUCACCUAGUUGGCCUGUGCCUUGCUGUUACCCUCUGGAAAGUGUUGGCGCUGUGGCCUUUGGUCCCUCUGGCUUCAACAUCCCCUGGCCUAUAAUCAUGACCAGCCUGAGGAAAGAGGAGCGGCCCAUUUACCAGAGUCCCUUCAUGGCACCUCCCCCUGGUGCCUGUUUGGUGUCUUUGCUCACACCUCCCAUCCCCACCCCCAGAAGGCCUCCUGACCCUGGAUUGAUGACUAAGAGAGUUCUAGCCCUUGGUAAUUGUUCUGUGAACUGUUUACCUUUUUUUUAUAUAUAUAUAGAAACAGUUUCACUUUCGCCCUCAAUAGAGUACCUGGUGUCACAGCUAACAGCAACCUCCAACUCCUAGGCUUAGGCAAUUCUCUUGCCUCAGCCUCCCGAGUAGCUGGGACUACAGGUGUCUACCACAAUGCCUGGCUAUUUUUUUGUUGCAGUUUGGCCAGGGCCAGGUUUGAACCCGCCACCCUCGGUAUAUAGGGCUGGCACCGUUUACUUUCAUUUUUAAAGAGAAAGAAACUAAGGCCCAAACAUGUAAGUUGUUUGGCAAGAGGGGUCUCUUGGUCAGUUCUGACCCAGGACUUCAGGGAGGCCCAAGCAGUGCAGCCACCUGAUGCUGAAGCAGACUGGGACCCAGAGCACAUCUGGGGCUCAAUCCCACCCCCAGCAUCCUGCCUGCAUGGGGAAACCUGGGGAUAAUGGACGCAGCAGGAUUCGACUGUUUGGAGUAAUGCCAGUACCCUAGGUCUUGUGCCCAGUGCUCAACUUAAAUUCUUAUAACAGCCUUCAGAGGUGGAUGCAGAUGAAGAAACUGCAGCUCAGAGAAGGUGAAGAGACUUCCUCCUGAGCCAGUAUUCCAACCUAGAUUUGCCUGACUGCAGACCUCUGACCCACCGGCCAUAUGGGCCUCUGUAGGGUCUUCAGGAAGGGUUUCCUAAGGCAGGUCCAGGAGCCUCAGGUACUGUCAUCCUCCCAGUAACCCUACGCAGAAGAGAAGAGAGCGUAGGACCCCAGGGAGCUGAGCAGCUCUCAGUUGCAAGAGGUGGCGUGCAGCCUCAAGCCAUUUUCCGGGGCAGCUCAGUCAUAAACAAAGCACCUAAUGCCUUCCUUAAAAUAGCCUUUGAGCAAAGGGAGCCUUUGACGAGCAAAGCCAUCAUAUGGGAUUCCAACAGGUUUUUAAUGGGUGGGGUUUUUUUGGUAGGGGUUGGGGUCCAUUCUACCAGCUCUGAGAUCCAAGGGUCCCUGAGCUUCUCUGGGUGUUUGUCAUGGGAAGAAGCAAACACAGUGAGGGUGGUGGAGACUACAGCUGCCUUGGUGUUGCAGACUUUCAUUUUUAAUAAAAGAAAAGGAAAAUUGGCAGUAUUAGGCUUUUUAAAAAAGAGAAGGGGCACAAGAGGAUGCCUGGGGGUAGAGUCUAAAAUGUUGGAAUGGAAAAGCUCUGAUGUAUAAAAGCUUGCAAAUCACCUAGUUCUCCAUUGUUCCAUGAAGAAACUAAAUGCUAGGAAAGAAAAGUUCACACAGCAAGGAUGGGUGGCUCUGUCUGUUUCUCUUCAUUGAGUUCUUACUCAUUUUCUCUCCAGUUUCUUUAGCAAUUGAUUACUUUUGGUCAGGGUACAGUCAUUACCACAUAACAAUGUUUGAUUAAUGACAGACUGCUUAUAUGACAGGGGUCUCAUAAGAUUGUUUAUAAUGGAGCUGAAAGACUAUCAUCCAGUGACAUUUUUUUUUUUUUUAAGAGAGUCUUCACUCUGGGUGGCGCCUGUGGCUCAAAGGAGUAGGGCACCAGCCCCAUAUACCAGAGGUGGUGGGUUCAAACCCAGCCCUGGCCAAAAACUGUAAAAAAAAAAGAGAGAGAGAGAGUCUCACUCUGUUGCCCCAGGCUGGAGUGUCAUAGCUUACAGCAACCUCAAACUCCUGGGUUUAAGCAGUGUUCUUGCCUCAGCCUUCCGAGUAGCUGAGACUACAGGUAUGUGCUAGUUGGUUUUUCUAUUUUUAGUAAAAACAGGGUCUCACUCUUGUUCAGGCUGGUCUUGAACUCCUGAACUCAAGCAACCUAUGGGCUUCAGCCUCCCAGAGUGCUAGAAUUACAGGCAUGAGACACCUAGCCCAGCCGACCCAGUGACAUCUUAUGGAUCCUGACUCUGUGACCCUAUGUGGGCCUACCUGUGUGGGUAUGGGUCUUAGUUUUUAACAAAAAAAGUUUAAGAAGUAAAAAAUUUUAAAUGGGGUGGCACCUGUGGCUCAAAGGAGUAGGGUGCCGGCCCCCAUAUACUAGAGGUGGCGGGUUCAAACACAGCCCCGGCCAAAAAGUAUAAG